GCCGGCGCCGCUGUCCGCCAAACGGACAGUGUCCUCCAGGUGGGAGGCUCCCUUAGCCUGGCUGGUGCUGCACGUGUCAGCUGUGGGCAGCUAAACACCCACCUCACCGGCGUGAAACGUAACGGCUGCAGACCUGGCUCUGACUGGAGACACGUGUAGUGUCGAGUGUCAAGCAAUUAAUGCUGGUGUAACCUUAAGUGUUGACUUGUUAACAGCUCAAAGAGUCGGGCAGUGCAAACCCAGAAUGUAAGGCUGGGGCCUACCUGGGUUCCUGAUCACUUCCAGCUUUUUGGCCCCCAUGCUUCCCAAGGACAGCUCCAGCCUGGAUAGUGUGAAAAACUGCCAUCUGUCUUAAUUCGCUACCAGUAGCGGUUACUGAUACAUAAGGCUUGAGUUUGGAGAAAUUGACUUUGUUGCACUUUGUGACACUUUACGAGUGUCAGACACUGUAAGAGCAAAUGCUUGGAAGACAUAUGAAAAAGUGUCAUCUGCUGAUGGAACUCUAGUGGGGUACAGUGAAAAGAAAAAGGACAUGUGGGGGAUCUGUAUCUUUAUUGCAGCAGUUGACUUGGAUGAGAUGACAUUCACUUUUACGGAGCUUCUGAAAAGUAUAGGUAUGAGGGUGUGCACAUGUUUUCAGUUGCUGAGAGAGAUGGAUGUUAACAUGGAUACCAUAAGCACUAAAGUUGAUAGUAAUGUAUCACGACUGAAUAAGAAGUAUGAUGUAUUAUCUGCACUAUAUCACAAAUUUGAAAGGACUUGUGCACUUAUCUACAUGAUACAAGCCAGCAGUCAGACUUCUGCUGAAUUGAGUUUGCCAUUAGUUCUGAAAACUUCCUGGAUCACUUUUUUGUUGGCGAAAGGAAAAGUAUUGCAGAUGGAAGAUGACCUGGUGAUCUCUUUCCAGUUACUGUUAUGUGUCCUUGAUUAUUUUAUCAAACUAUCACCACCUUCAUUGCUCAACGAGCCAUACAAAUCUCAUGUGAGUGCAAUGUCUGUUAAUGGCUCAACUCGAGCUCCAAGGCGAGGUCAGAGCAGGAGUACACGUACAUCAAAACAAACUGACACAGAUACAAAAGUUAUUGAAGUCCUUUGUAAAGAAUAUGGUUGUAACUUAGAUGAGGUCAAAAAUGUAUAUUUCACAAGCUUUAUUCCAUUCUUGAAUUCUGUUGGUAUUGUAACUUCAAAUGGACUUCCAGAGGUUGAGGAUCUCUCGAAACAAUAUGAAGAGCUUUACCUGAAAAAUAAAGAUAUAGAUGCACGAUUAUUUCUGGAUAAUGAUGAAACUUUACAGCGUAAUCACAUAGAAUGCUUGCAGUUGGAACGAACACCAAGGAAAAACAACCCAGAUGAGGAGCUUAAUCUUAUACUUCCACAGACUCCAGUUAGGGCUGCAAUGAAUACUAUCCAGCAGUUAAUGAUGAUUUUAAAUUCAGCAAGUGAUAAACCAUCAGAUAAUCUCCUCUCAUAUUUUAAUAACUGUACAGUGAACCCUAAAGAAGGUAUCCUGGCAAGAGUGGAAAAUCUUGGGAACAUCUUCAAAGAGAAAUUUGCUGAAGCAGUUGGACAGGGAUGUGCUGAAAUUGGCUCACAGAGAUAUAAGCUUGGUGUAAGGCUAUACUACAGAGUAAUGGAAUCCAUGUUAAAGUCGGAGGAAGAGCGCCUGUCAGUUCACAAUUUUAGCAAACUUCUGAACAAUAAUAUCUUCCACACAUCUCUUCUGGCCUGUGCUGUUGAGGUUGUCAUGGCUACAUACGGCAGGAAUGCUUCACAAAGUGAUGGCACCAGUACUGAAACAGAUUUGUCUUUUCCAUGGAUUCUCAAUGUACUUGAUUUAAAAGCCUUUGACUUCUACAAGGUGAUUGAAAGCUUUAUUAAAGCAGAACCAAGCUUGACAAGAGAGAUGAUAAAACAUCUAGAACGCUGUGAACAUCGAAUUAUGGAAUCCCUUGCAUGGCAAUCAGAUUCGUCCCUAUUUGAUCUUAUAAAGCAAUCCAAGGAACGAGAAGGCCAAGUUGAUCAACCUGAGCCCACCUGCACUUUUAACUUUCCUCUCCAGCAUAAUCACACUGCAGCAGAUCUGUAUCUUUCUCCUGUGAGAUCUCCUAAGAAGAAAGGCUCCACAGCUUCUUUAAACCCCACUCCUAUAAUAGAUGCUCAGCCUGUUUUGGCACCCCAAACUCAGAAACCACAGAAAUCUACCUCCCUUUCACUAUUUUACAAAAAAGUGUAUCGGCUGGCAUAUCUUCGAUUAAAUACCCUCUGCUUACGGCUUCUGUUUGACCACCCCGAACUAGAACACUUGAUCUGGACCCUUUUUCAGCACACAUUGCAAAAUGAAUAUGAACUUAUGAAAGACAGGCACUUAGACCAGAUCAUGAUGUGUUCCAUGUAUGGCAUAUGCAAAGUAAAGAAUGUAGAUCUUAGGUUUAAAAUCAUUGUUACAGCAUACAAGGAGCUAACCAAUACAAAUCAAGAGACUUUCAAACGAGUGCUGAUCAGGGAAGGACAAUACGACUCCAUUAUAGUCUUCUACAACUUAGUGUUUAUGCAGAAACUGAAAACUAACAUUUUGCAGUAUGCCUCCAAUAGGCCUCCCACCUUGUCACCCAUCCCCCACAUUCCUCGAAGUCCAUACAAGUUUUCUAAUUCUCCCUUACGUGUCCCUGCUGGAAAUAACAUCUACAUCUCACCCUUGAAGAGUCCAUACAAAUUCUCUGAAGGGAUGUUGUCACCCACAAAGAUGACUCCAAGAUCUAGAAUCCUGGUGUCAAUUGGUGAAUCAUUUGGGGUGAGCACUUCUGAGAAGUUUCAGAAAAUAAACCAAAUGGUUGGUAGCAGUGAUCAUCAGCUGAAACGCAGUGCUGAAGUAAGCACUGCCCCUAAACCGCUGAAGAGACUUCGCUUUGAUAUAGAAGGACAGGAUGAGGCAGAUGGAAGCAAACACCUACCUGGGGAGUCCAAAUUCCAGCAGAAGCUUGCAGAAAUGACGUCUACUCGAACAAGAAUGCAAAAGCAAAAACUAAAUGAUGGAACUGAUACAUCAGCCACUGAAGAAAAGUGAACAUCUUCUCAGGACCAUGCGGUGCCAUGCAUGCUUCUCUGCAUUUGUCUUUCUUUUUCAGCCACCAUGUUAAUUACUUUUUUAUGAUCAAUUGCUAGUUUAAAAUGUUUGGCUUUUUUUUUUUUACUUCAGUGUUUUUCAUUAUAUUAUGCCGUAUGAUGUAGCAUGUACACAGUGUAAGCCACUGAGUUUAUUAAUUUAUAUAUUUUUGAGGAUUUGGAAGAGUUUUUCAGUUUCCUAUUGCAACAUUGUUCAUUUAAUGCCAAUUCAUUCCACUUAUUUUGAACUUUUCUAUCAAAAAUAAAGUUAGAAAGAAUGAUUUGAAAUGCACUAAUUCUUUUGUUCAUUAGAUUUCAUUUUAAUGUUGGAAUUUUAUGCACUAUUUGCAUAUUUUGUGAAUUAGGGGCCAGAUACUGCAACGACUUCAGACUACAGAAUUACCAUGCUAAGGCCCAUUAACUUUACUAUACAUGCAGUCAUCACUGUUGCAGGAUUAGGCCUGGCCAUUGUAAGUAUAACAUGCAAACAAAGUGUAAAGUAAACUCACAUAGCCAUACUACUGAAACAAAUAACAGAUACCUCAGAUUCUUAACAUCUUCUAGUACUUUUUCCCCCUCACAGUUUGAGUGGACAGUUACACCGCUGGUCAUCUGUUACAAAACACUCAAAGUGCACUUUCUGAUAUUUCUGGAUCCUGAAAAAUAAGAAAAAUGCACAUGAAAUGCAAUCAUACUAUUAUCAAUCUGGAGUUUCUUACAAUGACCUCUGCAACUACUGAUUUGCUUGAAGUCAAUGAUUUAGCUUACUCAAUUUUGCCAAGAAAUGGGAACAGAACCCUACUUUUAGUAACUUAAACCUGUGUGCCUCAAGUUGGCCUCCUAAGAAUGCAUAGCCUGACUUCCAAAGUACACCCAAAUUCAUAUUUAGAUCAAGUUUAACAUGUGAAGCAUCCAGAUCUGAAAAUUUGGUCAAAGUCCUCCCUCUCUCCAUAAAAAGGCACAACUUUUAAGGCUACUUGAAUUAUUGCUAAACAAAUACAUUUUUAAAUUAGGUACUCAGUUGUGGAUGUUUUGCUAGUAUAAAGGUAUAAACAUUUUUUUACUUCUAGCAGUCUAAAAAGCAGCUCUAGCAGAGCUUUCUGAUGACUGCUGCCUUUAGAAUUAUCCAUUCAUUUUUAUGAAGAUUUAGUUUUGUGCAACUGCUUAAAUUAAAGUAGGUACAGUAGAAAAAAAGCACCUGGGUUUUAUUACACAGAAACAUGUUUUUUUAAAAAAAAUCUUGUGUGGGUAACUUAUUUAGAAAUCUCUUAGUUGAAAAUAGAAAACACUUUUGGUAGGGUCAUCUGGUUUUUUUAAAGAUCAGUUUUUGUCAGUCAAAAUCUAAUCAUAGAGCAAUUUUUAAAAACUGUACAACAGUAUAUUGAUUUGGAAAUAUUUUGAUGAACUUUGAAACAAAACAGUUACCUUAAGUUUUAAGUCUGAAUAUAGUUUCAACUUCCUGAAGGAUGUACAGAAGUGUUAGCAUCUUAGGUUUCUUUGCUUAUUAUUAUUAUUUUUUGCAGAGUUUACAGAUGAAAUAUACUACAAAUAAUGAGAUACACUGACUUUAAGCUCCACAGUUGCAGUUCGAAUAGUACCCAGAUAUUAACUUUGCUGCCUAGAGAACUGCAAGGAGUAGUACGCUGCAGAGUUCAGUACUUAGACAGGCUAUCCUUUCUCUACUGUGACAAUGUACUUUUUUUGUUCAGGUAGACUGAAGACUACAUUUAAAAGUGUAUGGUUGCAUAUUGUACAACUAAUGGAUUUCAUUCCUUUCAAGAUAAAUAAAACAGCUUUAAAAAGA